AUGGAAGCUCAAUUUAGAAACGCAGGAAUUUCUAACGACAAUUCAAAAUACAAUCAUGUUAUCGCGGCACUAGAACCACAAUAUUUAUCAAUGGUUUCUGAUUUGGUUCGUAAUCCACCCACAUCGGAUAAAUACGAUUCAAUAAAAAAACGUUUAAUUGAUGAAUAUACACAGUCUGACCAAAAGAAAUUAAGGGUUUUGCUCACUGAAAUUGAACUCGGUGACGACAAACCGUCACAUUUAUUACGAAAAAUGCGCGAUUUGGCAAAAAAUUCUCUCACAGACGACGCGUUAAAAUCAUUAUGGAUCGAUCGAUUACCUGAGAAUGUCAGGGCCGUUGUAGCCAUUUCUAACGACGAUUUAACAACGUGCUCCAAUUUAGCCGAUAAAAUUUUAGAAUUGACAACGCCAAAGCAAACCACAUUGAUGAAUGUCAAUGAAAUUAAAACGGAUAAUUUUUCGAUUUCGGAAUUAAAGGCACAAAUCAAUGAACUAUCGAAGUCUAUUCGCGAAUUAAAAUCAAAUAACAAGCAAGGCACACAUUCGUCUAGGG